AUGUCUCUGCACACCUCCUACCACGCUGACUCCGACGCGGAUGACGAGUAUGAACGGAGUGUGAUUACAUCCCCGCAUCUGGCGACCGAUUCUGAAGGCUCAGCCUCGGACUCAGAGUUUCCUUCAGCGGAACCAACUCCUACCUUUGCACACACGGAAGAGAACCCGAAGUCUCCCAAGACCAUCAUCACGGAAUGGAGUACUGAGGAAUGCGCGAGCUUUGUUGCCUCGCUCGGUCUCCGCCAGUACUGCCAAGCUUUCAUAGAAAAUGGCAUUGUUGGAGAGGCCCUGAUAGCAUUGAGACACGAUGAAUUGAAAGAAAUGGGAAUUGCUAGUGUGGGACAUCGUCUAACGAUCUUGAAGAGCGUAUACGAGACAAAAGUGAAGCAAGAUAUUCCGCUGGAUGCUGACCAUUACAUUCCUCUCUCUGCCGAUCAGAGUUCACAUGAAAAUGCUUCCCAGGAAGAUGUGGCCCGGCUAAUCCAGUCUAUCCGACUACGAGACGAACGCAUCUUCAGUGUGGAGGCUGAAUUACGGCGGGUUGCAGAAGAUUAUCGCCGGUUGAGGGAAGAGCUCCUUCCGGUGUUUAAAAUGGCAAAGGACCGCUCCCAGCCGCUACCCCCGCCAACUACUAUACCAACCUCGGACGGCUAUCAUGAUAGUACCCUUUCGGGUCAAACACUUACGGGACAGUCCCUAACAUCACCCUCUGGCAUUACCAUCCUGGACCGCUCGGGAUCCAUCAUUUCGCGAACGUUUUCCAAGAGGGUUCACGGAGGAGCCACCCCCAAGAGCAACUCCCCAACACAUAUCCCACAUUUAAUCCACGAGAAUCGAGCCUACAAUGACGGCAGUUCUCUAGACCCAUCCGCUGCAGCAGUUGUGGCGUCCUCGCAUCUGAACAGCAUGAACGGAAAGUCCCAGCUGUCGCCGGGCAUGCCGUCUCCAACCUCUCCUAGCAACCACUAUACCGCCACUCAGACUCUCGCAUCGCGGGCCUACACCCAACCGGGCUCCACCAAUCGCACCACCUAUCACGACCAUCACGAUGAUAACCCACCACAACAAUCUCGAUCCGACCGUUUGAACCCUACCCCAACACAAGGCACGCGCCCCGAUAUUCCCUCUCGCUCCGACUCCAGAGCAGGCGGCGGUGAGCCGCCCAGCGUCGAAAUUUUCAAAUCUUUCCGUGUUUCCAUGGAAGAUCCGUGCCACAAAGUGCUCCCGGCUGCUCUGAAGAAAUACAACAUCAACGCAGACUGGAAACAAUAUGCGCUUUACAUUGUGUACGGUGAUCAAGAGCGAUGCCUUGGCCUGGAAGAGCGGCCUCUUAUUCUCUUCAAGCAACUCGAAAAGGAGGGACGGAAGCCCAUGUUCAUGCUUCGGAAACAGCUCCACCCUAUUGAUAUCGGCGCUUACCCUACUGGAGUGACCCCGACUCCGAGCAGUGCGGGCUUUGAAACACGACAAGCUCAGAUCAACCUGCCGGGUGGGGUACUGUAA